CACCAUACAACUUCAUGAGUUGUGUUGAGAAGUUAUAUUUUUACAUUACUUUAAUAAUGGUGUGAAAAAAUGAAAAAGAAGAUGCAACAAUUUGUGUGGUAAAAGGGUGUGAACUGGUAAAAAAAUAUGUCACUAGACAAGGAUAAUAAUGAUUGAUGCAAUGCAAAUGGUAUUUGGAGUAUUAAUAAUUGCUUCCUUACGCCACAUAGUCAGGUGUAGUAACUCUAACAAGUUUGCUUUACUAAAAUCAAAAACAUUGGAAAAAGAUCAGGUUUUUGCUGUACAAAAGUUAAUUCAACGGCUGAUUCCUAAACAUGCAGAUGGUUUUGUUAUAACUCUUAAUGCUUCAUAUUUUGAACUCAAAAACAACUUGGAUGCAUUUGAGUUUAGGAGCUUGAAUGAUGGAAAGAUUUCGAUUACUGCAACGUCAGGCGUGGCCGCUGCGGCUGGUUUUUAUCAUUAUUUAAAAUAUUGGUGCAACUGUCAUGUCUCAUGGAGUGGAGAUCAGCUUAAUAUGCCAAGCAUAUUACCAAGUGUUUCUCAGCCUGUCACAAAAUAUUUUCAAGAAAGGUUUCGUUACUAUCAGAACGUUUGUACGGUAAGUUACUCAAUGGCUUUUUGGAACUGGUCUCGGUGGGAAAGAGAAAUUGAUUGGAUGGCAUUAAAUGGGAUAAAUCUACCUUUGGCUUUUACAGCACAAGAAACAGUAUGGCAGAAAGUUUACAUUGAACUUGGUUUGACACAGGAAGAAUUAGAUAGUCAUUUUGCAGGACCAGCUUUUCUUGCAUGGCAAAGAAUGGGUAACAUUGACGGCUGGGGAGGACCUCUACCUGCUUCAUGGUACCAGCAACAAAUGUCCUUACAACAAAACAUUUUGAAACGCAUGAGAAGUCUUGGCAUGAUGCCAGUACUACCUGGCUUUGCUGGUCAUAUACCCAAAGCUUUAGUUAAAAGAUUGUAUCCAGAAGCAAAAUAUUACAAUUUGAAAAACUGGGGUCACUUUUCAUCAGAGUACAGUGGGAGUUUUUUAUUGAAAUCAGAAGAUGAUUUAUUUCAGCAAAUUGGUUCAAUGUUUAUAAAAGCUCAACAAGAAAUAUACAAUGGGACUGAUCAUAUUUACAACGCAGAUGUAUUUAACGAAAUGAAACCACCAAAACUUACAACUGAUUUUAUGUACAAAACAAGCAAAUCAAUUUUUCAAUCAAUGUUAUCUGGUGACCCAAACGCGGUAUGGUUGAUGCAAACUUGGAUGUUUUGCAAGUCUUAUUGGACUGAAGAUUUAAUUAAAAGUUGGUUAACAGCAGUUCCAAUUGGAAGAUUGAUCCUGCUUGAUUUAGCUUCAGAUAUAUAUCCUAUUUACAACAACACAAAUGGUUACUAUGGUCACCCAUUUAUUUGGAGCAUGAUUGAGAAUUUCGGUGGAACAACAAGGUUGUAUGGAAAAGUGGAAGAUAAUAUUAAAGCCAUUCUAUCUGCUCGAAACGAAUUCGGCAACUAUAUGGUUGGAACUGGUAUGACACCCGAAGGUAUUGAACAAAACGAUGUUAAUUUUGAAAUCAUGAAUGAAAUGGCAUGGCGAAAUUCUAAUAUCAACAUGACUAAAUGGAUUAAACAAUAUGCAUUUAGAAGAUAUGGUGUGGUGAAUGAUCAUAUUUGUGAUGCAUGGCAGAUGUUAUUAAAUACAGUUUACAACUGUCAUUCUGAUAUUCAAAAUGGUAGAAGAGGAGAAGGACGUAUACCUGUGAUAAGACCUUACAUUACAAGCAAGUUACCUGUUUUUAUGUGGUACAAUCCAAAAGAUUUGUUUUGUGCAUGGACACAUAUGAUUGCAGCUAGUCAACAAAUUCAAUCAACAGAUGCUUUCAGGUAUGACUUAGUCAAGUUUGGUACUCAAGUUUUAGAAGAUUUAAGUAUCCAUUUAUAUUACCAACUUAUUAAAGCUUAUGAAGAAAAAGAUUUGUAUCAAAUCACUAAUGCUGGAAGGACGUUGAUUGAUCUUCUUAAUGAUAUGGACACCUUAUUAAGCACAGAUAGAUUUUCACUGCUUGGAACUUGGAUUGGUUCAGCAAAGAAUUUAGGAGAGAAUAUGAAGGAGAAAAGAAUCUUAGAAUAUAACGCAAGGAUUCAAAUCACGUUAUGGGGACCAAAUGGAGAAAUUCAUGAUUAUGCAAAUAAAAACUGGGCAGGUUUAAUUCAAUCAUAUUACACACCAAGAUGGAAAAUGUUUAUUGAUGACGUAACACGCUGUGUUUAUAACAACGUGUCUUUUAGUUCCAAAGUUUUUGGAUCCAAACUGUUAUCAUUUGAGCAGUCAUGGACGAAAGAUAUAUCACAGUUUCCUUCUUUUCCAACUGGUAGUGCAUUUAAAGUAUCAGAAAUCCUUUUAAAGAAAUAUGCAAAAUACUUUGAUGUGUAAUUUAAAAAAUACUUUAUAUUUUAAACUGUUGAUUUUAAAAUUAGUAUAAUUUAUUUGGAGAAUGCUUAUCAUAUGCAUUAAAGAGAUUUUUUAAAUCAGUAGUUUUUCAAUUGAAUUAACAGUGCAUACCAAAGUGAGUUAAUUAUUGCUCCGAAUUUAUUAAGCUGUAAUCCAGAAAUUUGAAACAGUGGCCGUUAGAUCUAAAUUGGUUUUUUCCUUUAAAAUCUUUUAGAGGACCAAGUCAUUUUUGUGUAGCUUAAUAUAAUAUUUUGAAUUUUGCAUGGCCAUGAACACUGAUAGUCUCUCCAAAUAACUAAGAGUUUGAUAACAAUAACACAUGCUUUCAUCGAUGUUAAUCUUUCAUAAUGCUGGUUUCAGUUUAAUGAAUUUCAGGAUAAAAUUGAGUUGGGAAAUAGCCAUUUAUGGGAUAGUGAAAACACUGGAUUACAUCCUGUUUAUUUGAAAAUAAAUCAACUAACAGUAAAAUAGGUGUUAAGUUAUGAUUUUUGGGGAUGGUUCAGCCGUCUUUAGUGAUACAUUCUUCAAAGCAGAAACUUUAUUUUGAAUAACAACCAAGAAACUGUCACGAACAUUGAGAAACCAAUGGAACAAACUACCUGCAGUUAUCCACAUUACCUAUUUAAACAGAUUAACCUACCAUAAAAAUCUUUACAAUCAGUGACAAAACAGUAGACAACUUUUACACACGAAACAAGUACAGAUGACCCCCCUUUCCCUAAACUCAAAAUUUUAGUCGAACAACAGUUUUGAACAUUUUUCUAUAAACUGUCAAUGUUUUUGUUUUACCUUGUAAUCCUUAUUAUUUGUAUCACGACAGGUGUUUCUUUUAAAUGAUGAAAUAGUACUGCCAGCACA